UGCGGCUCCGAGACUUGACUUACUCUCGCCUCCUCGUCUACAUACCACAGACAUCGUCCAACGUAACGAUUUCCCCUUCUUAGAGCUCAAUAUGCCUCUCAAUCAGCCUUCAAACCAGAUCAAACUUACAAAUGUCUCGGUCGUCCGCCUGAAGAAGGGAGGGAAGCGAUUUGAGGUCGCAUGUUACAAGAACAAGGUGCAGGAAUGGCGCAGCGGAGUCGAGACGAACCUCGACGACGUCCUUCAAAUCGCCAAUGUGUAUCUCAACGUCUCGAAGGGCGAGCUCGCCAAAAGCCAGGACCUACAGAAGGCAUUCGGGACCACCGAUCUGGACACCAUCGUGAAGGAGAUCCUCAAGAAAGGCGAGCUGCAGGUCGGAGAGAAGGAGAGAGAACAUGAUCUUUCUUCCAUUCGCCGCGAGAUCGCGACGCAGGUAGCAGAGAAGUGCGUGGACCCAGCAACACAACGGCGCUAUCCGAUCGGUGUCAUCGAGAAAGCCAUGGUUGAGGCUGGGUUCAGCGUUCGCCCAGGAAAGAACGCGAAGAGCCAGGUAUCCGAAUGCAUCAAACUCCUACAGUCCGAGUCGAACCUACCAAUUCAACGGGCGCGCAUGCGUAUCAAGCUAACAAUGCCAAAAACCGACGCCGAGCGGCUUCGUACUCGCGUCCUUGAGGGCGCAGAAACAGUAGAGCGAGACGACCAGAGCGGCGAACAGUGGGAAACCAUUCUACUCAUUGAUCCUGGUCAGUUUCGCGUCCUCAACGAACUGCUGCACAAAGAAUGUGCUGGCAGAGGUCAAUUGGAGACGAUGUCCUUUGCAGCGACUGCCGGCGAUUCGGCGACGACGGUAUGAAAUCGCGUCAGGAAGUCCCAGAAAUAUCACAGGCAGAGCCAUACAAUUGUUGUACAUCACUUGUAUAGUACAGAUUUGCGACAAUGAAAUUGAGCGUAUCGACAUGCUCAGUCCGCCAGACUUCCGAUAGGGUACACGUUUGAGGUUCCAAG